AACAACAAGCGUCCGUGGCCCUCGAAUCAGUUUUGUGUUCCAAGGCACCCUAGCAGUCGGUGUGUUUUGUUUAAGCGUAUAAAACAAUUCCCUUUUCCCUUAUUUCGCUGGCAUUUCUGCCGGCAGUUUGAGUUGAACGCAGCCAUGGCAGGGGACGGAACCGACCAGCGGGCUCUACAGUAUGAGCAAACUUUGAUGUAUGGCAGGUACACUCAGGAGCUGGGUGACUACGCUAAAGAGGAGGCGGCACGUCUGCGGGAGGAGGGGGGUCUACGGCGAUCCGUCUCUGAGAGGAGCCGCUCUCUGGAGCUGCUGGAGUACGACAAGGGCCGCUGCGCCAAGUGCCGGAGGUAUCCCUACGCCCUGGAGCCUCCUCAGGACUUUGUAUCUGUCUGCACCGUCCGCUGUCAGAAGUUCCUCAUCUCACGCGUGGGCGAAGACUGGAUCUUCCUCAUCCUCCUGGGCCUGGUCAUGGCGCUAGUCAGCUGGGUGGUUGAUUUCGCCAUCGCCAUCUGCCUGCAAGCGCAGAAGUGGAUGCACGGCGGGUUGGACAGUAACGUGUUCCUGCAGUACCUGGCCUGGGUCACCUACCCUGUCGUCCUCAUCACCUUCUCCGCCGGGUUUACGCAGAUACUGGCUCCGCAGGCUGUGGGCUCGGGAAUCCCGGAGAUGAAGACCAUUCUCCGGGGUGUGGUGCUCAAAGAAUACCUCACCUUCAAAACCUUCGUGGCCAAAGUCAUUGGUCUGACCUGUGCCCUGGGCAGCGGAAUGCCUCUGGGCAAAGAGGGCCCGUUUGUCCACAUCGCCAGUCUGUGUGCGGCGCUGCUGAGCAAGUUCAUGUCUCUGUUUGGUGGGAUCUAUGAGAACGAGUCGCGGAACAUCGAGAUGCUGGCGGCCGCCUGUGCCGUCGGAGUCGGGUGCUGCUUCGCCGCCCCCAUCGGAGGUGUUCUCUUCAGUAUUGAGGUAACCUCCACCUUCUUUGCUGUGAGGAACUACUGGAGAGGGUUUUUUGCUGCAACAUUCAGUGCCUUCAUCUUCCGAGUUCUGGCCGUGUGGAACAGAGAUGAGGAGACCAUCACCGCUCUUUUCAAAACGCGCUUCCGCCUCGACUUCCCCUUUGACCUUCAGGAGCUGCCCGCCUUUGCUGUGAUUGGGAUUGCCAGUGGUUUUGGGGGGGCCCUCUUCGUGUACCUGAACAGGCUGAUAGUUCAAUUCAUCCGGAACCAGAAAGCCAUCAACAAGUUCCUGAUGAAGAAACGGCUGCUGUACCCUGCCCUGGUCACCCUGCUGGUGUCUACCAUGACCUUUCCUCCCGGGUUUGGGCAGUUCAUGGCCGGAAGGCUCACGCAGAAAGAGUCACUGGUGACUCUGCUGGACAACCGCACCUGGGCCAAACAGGGCAUCGCCGAGGAGUUUGACUACAUCGGCCACUCCGAGGCUUGGAAACACCCGCACAUCAACAUCUUCGUCACCCUGGUCAUCUUCAUAGUCAUGAAGUUCUGGAUGUCUGCGCUGGCCACCACUAUCCCAGUGCCCUGCGGAGCCUUCAUGCCCGUGUUCGUCAUCGGGGCAGCGUUUGGGCGUCUCGUGGGGGAGAGCAUGGCCGCCUGGUUCCCUGAUGGCAUUCACUCCGAUGGCAAAAUCUACCCCAUAGUACCUGGCGGGUACGCCGUCGUGGGUGCGGCCGCCCUGUCGGGGGCGGUCACCCACACGGUCUCGACCGCGGUCAUCGUGUUCGAGCUGACCGGGCAGAUCUCCCACAUCCUGCCGGUGAUGAUCGCGGUCAUCCUGGCCAACGCCGUGGCCCAGAGCCUGCAGCCCUCCCUGUACGACUCCAUCAUCCGAAUCAAGAAGCUGCCCUACCUCCCCGAGCUGGGCUGGGGCCACCACGAGAAGUAUAACAUCCGCGUGGAGGACAUCAUGGUGCGUGACGUGCGCUACAUCACGCUAAACUGCUGCUACAGGGACCUCCACGACGUGCUCCUGACCGGCCACCUCAAGACCCUGGCCCUGGUGGAGGCCGGAGACUCGAUGAUCCUGCUGGGCUCCAUCGAGCGCUCUCAGCUGCAGUCUCUGCUGUCGCAGCAGCUGGGCCGUCCUCGCAGGCUGGAGUACGUGCGCGAGCGCGCUCAGGCCAUAAAGAAGCGCCUCUCCACCACCAGCCAGACGGGCGGCGAGCAGCCCGCGGGGGAGGAGCCCGUCCGCAGGAUCAGCCAGGAGGUCCGCUUCCAGAUCUCCACAGAGGAGUCCUCCUUCAGCCCUACACGGCCUGGUGCGCAGAAGCCCCUGAAACCAGCACUGAAGAGACCUUCUGUAGUGGACCGGGUCACUGUGGAGUCCCCCACCAGCCCGCAGGACAGCACUGGCAUCGCUUUAAAGAGCCUCUUCUGUGCCAACCCUGACGCCGAGGCUGUGGAGAGCAACGAUGGCUCAGUGGCUCCUGAGAGCAGGAAGCCCAAGCGAGUGAGGAUAUCCGUCGUGGAUGAUGGAGAUGUGGAUGAUGACAUGACCACCAGAGAAAUUGUAGAGUGGGAAGAGCAACAGCUGGAGGAGCAGGUCAACUUUAAUAACUGCAAGAUCGACCCCGCCCCCUUCCAGCUGGUGGAGCGAACAUCACUGCACAAAACGCACACCAUCUUCUCCCUGUUGGGCCUGGACCACGCCUACGUCACCAGCAUCGGACGGCUAAUUGGAGUAGUGUCUCUGAAGGAGGUGAGGAAGGCUAUCGAGGGCUCGGUGACGGUGAAGGGGGUGAAAGUGAGACCCCCGCUGGCCAGUUUCCGUGACAGCGGGACCAGCAGCAGCGAGAGCGAGGCCACGGAGCUGCACAAGCUGUGGGACCGGCACCGGAGCCUGUCCCUGCCGCGCGAGCGCCUGCCCUCCGAAUCGGACGAGAAGUCGCAAUGA